AUUAACGUUUAUUGUUACUUGCAAGUUGAUCUACCAAUGUCUAUAAAUAUAAAUUUCACAUGACUGAAGUUAAAAAUUAACUGCGCAUUAUACCACUAUCACUGCCACAGCUUAAAAAAUAAUUUAUUUAAAAUUUUUUCUUCUUAUUUUUCUUUUCCUAUUUUUCUUAUUCUCAUAGAAUACAUUCUUCAAUGCGUAGGAUUCAAACAUUUAGAACAACGGUUUGGGAUCCUCUUCUCAUCAUUUCUCAGAUUAUUGCUUUGCAAACUCUGUAUUAUACUUCUAUCUCUAUUAUUACACUUUUCACUCUUCUAAUAACAGGAACUGAUAUAACAUUAGAUCACUUAUUAGACUAUCGAGAGUUUAGAGCAGAUACAGUAUUAGGAUGGACGAUAGGGUUCGCAUGGAUAGCAAAUUCCGUAGUUGGAAUAUUUAUACUCGUACGACUUAUACAACGAGCAAGACUUGUUUUAGAUUUUAGUUUGACUUUGCAUUUCUUUCAUUUAUUAAUAACUACUUAUUAUUCUGGUCAUGUACCUACAACAUUUAUAUGGUGGGCUUUAAAUGUGACAACGUGUUGCAUAAUGAUUUUUGGUGGUGAAAUUUAUUGUAUGAGAAAAGAGAUGGAACCAAUUCCAUUAAGUGAUGAUAUAGGAGAAGGGGCUAGUGGUGCUAGUGGUAGUAGUAUAGCAGUAAAAACAAAAACAAGUGCUGAUGUGGAAAGAGAUAGGUAUGAGAUGGUACCGAUGGAAGAAAUAGAAGUUGGUGGAUAAGCGUUAUAGAUUCGUAAACUAUUUGUAAUAUUUUUAUUUAAUAUCUUUUACAAUCAAUUCUUUGGUUUAUUUUUAUUACAAUUUCUUCUUGGGAAGAGAGAACGGACUCUAUAUAUACAAUUUUUUUUUUUAAUUUUUUUGAAUUUAGGUGCAAGGGUGCUUAAUAUCCUUAUCAAAGAACAUUUAUUAAUUUUUGUAAUUUGAGGGAUGUGAUUUUGUCGAGAUUGCUCAUGUAGAUAUAUAUGUAUUGUUUAUUUACAAAUUUAAAUUAAUAAGAAUUAUUGCAACAAAACAACC